CAGGGCGCGAGGUAGAGGAGGCGCACGCACACGCAGCAGCUGUGGUCAGAAGCGCGCGAGGACAUAGGACUCACAUACGGACACGCGCGUGCAAAAUAGAAGAGAAGACCUUUGCUCUAGGUGACUGAGAGGAGAAAAGACGAGUAGAGGAGAAGAAACCAGAGGCGCGUUCUGGUUUUUCAGGCCGGAAAAGUGCGAGGAGACACGGACACGAGUGGAACUGAGAGGCGCAUCUGCGGAGAACCGAGGCGGCUGCUUUCAUCUGCGGAGAACCGAGGCGGCUGCUUUCAUCUGCGGAGCACCGAGGCGGCUGCUUUGAUCCCCUCAGAAAAAACAACAACAAAAAGAAAGAAACAAGGAGGAAAGACAGGAGCUGUGCGUGUUUCUGCGCGAGUCCGUGCUCGUCUGAGAGGAUCUAUGAGCUGCUGCAGAGCCGCUGGAAACUGGAGGACUCACACGCACAACAAGGUUCUCCCAUGCCAUCCCCCUCCUGCCCAUCACCUGUCAUUGACCAGUCACAUUCCCAGCCUCAUCCACAUGACAACCCACUGUUAGGCAACACUACUGAGCCAGACACAGAUGAUGAGGAAGAGGAGGAAGAAGAGGAGUAUGCAGCUCGAUUGUACCUACCUGUAACUCAUGAACAAUCAUCCAAUCACCAUGGCCCCAGCCUGCCUCCUGUGCCCCCGCCUCACCGUCAGCACCCCUCAGUAACGGCUCUCAACCACGCCCUGGGCUCCACGCACCACGCUGGACAGACCCUGAACUCAUCGCGGCAAUUAACUCCUCCCUCUGGAAGCCCGGCCCCUGUGGCCGGCCAAUCACCAGCCGAGCUGCAAACCACACCCCCCGAGAGCGUCCCGCUGCAGGACAGCUGGGUGCUAGGUAGCAAUGUGCCUCUGGAAACAAGGCACUUCCUUUUUAAAACGGGUACCGGCACCACCCCACUUUUUUCUACAGCCACUCCAGGCUACACCAUGGCGACAGGCUCAAUGUACUCACCCCCCACCAGACCACUGCCCAGGAACACCCUGUCCCGGUCUGCCUUUAAGUUCAAGAAGUCGUCCAAGUAUUGCUCAUGGCGGUAA